GUAUAAUGACUACCGACAAAAUGGACACUUCAGCAGACUCUACUUUCGGGGGAUGUGAGGGUCCUGAUGCCAUGUAUGUGAAACUAAUCAGCAGUGAUGGUCAUGAGUUUAUUGUUAAGAGAGACAAUGCUCUUACAUCUGGAACUAUUAAGGCUAUGCUUUCUGGUCCCGGUCAAUUCGCAGAAAAUGAGACAAACGAGGUUAACUUCAGAGAGAUUCCUUCCCAUGUACUGCAGAAGGUCUGCAUGUACUUUACGUACAAGGUGAGAUAUACCAACAGUUCUACUGAAAUCCCGGAGUUCUCUAUUCCUCCUGAGAUUGCCCUUGAACUACUGAUGGCUGCAAACUUCUUGGAUUGUUGAGAUCAUCAAUAGAGAAGCAGAAACCAAACUGUUCAAUUCUUCUCAGCAGAUUUAUUUAUUCCUUUUCUUUAGAAAUGGCAGAUUUGGCAAGUUGGAGCUUUUUUUCUGUUCAUUGUAGCACAUUUUUUCCCACUUAUCAAUUCUGCUUGAAAAAAGAACAGUUAGAACUCAACUUUCCAAGUUUGAAACUUUCUUAGUAUUUUGCGAGUGAUUUAGUUUCAAUCAUGUAGACACAGUUGCGUGAUUUGACCUGGUGGUUAAAAACUUGCAUUAUUUUUCAGUAUUGAAUCCUCAUUCUUCAUAUCUUUUGUAAGUUAAAUUUCUUAAAACUUCCUUUUAAUUCUUGUUUCAGAGGAGGGGGGGGGGGGGGUUGAUACAAAAUACGCACCUGUGUUUGAUUUGAGAAACCAGUCAAUUUUAAGUUUUUUUUUUCAUUCAGCCAUUAGCCAGUAUUGUAAAAUGUCCUAGGUUCACUAUUCAGAAACAAUUAAUAACUGUUUUGUCUGUGCAGUACCAGUAUAAUGAUGAUUGUACAAUUUACAUGUAUUUUUCAAGCGAUAUUUAACUGAAGAUAAGUUUUUUUUUGCAUUCUAAACUAAAAGUAAUUCAGUUGUGUAAAGAAUCUGACACAUUUUUGGAGUUAUUAUUGCCUGUCAAGAUUCUCUAUUUUCACAUAAAUGAGCAAAUUUAUCCCAAGGGAUGAUUUUUUCAGAA